AUGAUUGUUUGGGUAGCAAAUAGGGAGAGCCCUUCAAACGACCCAGCUUCAUCGAAGCUUGAAUUGUCAGCUGAUGGCAAUCUUGUCUUGCUGACGAAUUUCACCAAAACAAUUUGGUCAACAGCUCUUGCAUCUUCAAUGUCGAAUACUAGUACAGCAGAAGCAGUACUUCUUGACGAUGGAAACUUUGUCGUAAGAGAUGGCUCAAAUCCAGCUACCAUAUAUUGGCAGAGUUUCGAUUAUCCAACUGACACAUGGCUACCUGGUGGAAAGCUUGGAAUCAACAAGCACACUGGGCAGGUGCAGCGGCUUAUUUCCUGGAAAAACUCAGAAGAUCCUGCACCAGGUAUGUUCUCGAUUGGGAUCGACCCAAAUGGAAGUAGUCAGUUUUUCAUAGAGUGGAACAGGUCACACAGGUAUUGGAGCAGUGGUGAUUGGGAUGGAGAAAGAUUUACCAUGGUGCCUGAGAUGAGAUUGAACUAUAUUUUCAAUUUUAGUUAUGUAUCAAAUGAAAAUGAAAGCUAUUUCACCUAUUCCGUGUACAAUUCCUCAAUUCUUUCAAGAACCGUGAUUGGUGUUUCAGGACAGAUCAGACAGCUCACUUGGUUGGAAGGUGUUUGGAAUUGGUUUCUUUUUUGGUCUCAACCAAGAGACCAAGCUGGUGUUUAUGGUUUAUGUGGGGCUUUUGGAGUCUUUAAUGAAAAUUCAUCCAGCUAUGAUUGUGAAUGCCUGAAAGGGGUUGCUGAUGGCCGGGCUGGAUCAGAAAUUUACAUCAGAGUUGCUGCUUCUGAGCUCGAACUACAGAUUGGUAAUGGCAAUCCCGGAACAGGUAAUAUCAAAAGGACAAUACGGACAACCUUGGCUGUGGCUAUUCCAACUACUCUGAUUACCUUCGGCCUCUUCAUGUACUUCAGAUGUCUGCGCAAAGGGAAGCUCAUACACAGAGGGAAGGAAUAUACGGGUCACGAUUUAUUGAUCUUUGAUUUCGAUACUGAUCCUAGCUCAACUAACAAAGAAUCUAGCUCUGUUGACAAUCGGAAGAAUAGAUGGAGUAAGAAUAUGGAAUUGCCAUUGUUCAGUUAUGAGAGC